AUGGCAGAAUGGAUUAUUUCAUUUCUUGGCUUCUUAUCACAACAAUUGGCUAUAUAUUUGGGAAUUGUGAUGUUCAUUGCUGGUGUAAUUGGUGGAUUUCUGACGAUCGUUGUUUUUCUAAGUCUUCGUACUUUUCGUGAAAGUUCAUGUGCAUUCUAUUUGCUUAUCAUGUCAGUUUUCAAUAUUGGAAAUUUAUUUCUCGGUCUACUCUCUCGCAUACUGAUUACCGGUUUUCGCAUCGAUUGGACAUUGAGUUCACCAUUUUAUUGCGCCUUCAGAUGGUAUUUACUCUACUUUGGUGUUUUGAUCUCUUUCACAAUGAUUUCUUUGGCAACCAUUGAUCAAUAUUUGGUUACUUGUUCUCGUCCUAGUUGGCAACAAUGGAGCAACAUCAAACUUGCCCAUCGUUUAUCCCUAGCAGUAAUCAUUUUUUGGAUUCUUCUUGGAAUUCCUUAUAUGAUUUAUUUUAAUAUAAUUGAACAACCUACAUCAUAUAAAAUAAUUUGUACAAGUACCAAUGCUGCUUUUUUUCAAUAUCAUAUUUAUGUUUAUAUAAUAUGUCUCGCCGGUGUUGUACCAGUAACUAUUACUGUCCUCUUUGGAUGUUUGGCAUAUCGUAAUGUCCAACAAUUGGCACAUCGAACUGUACCACUAAUUCGUCGUGAAUUGGACAAACAAUUGACAACCAUGGUUCUUGUCCAAGUUGUUCACAAUUUCUUUGCAACAAUACCGUAUACAAUUGUUACUGCUAUCAAUUACAGUUCCAUUCUCCCGAAUGAUUCAGUUAUUAUCGCACAACUUCAAUUUACCAAUGUUAUAACUAUCUAUUUGUAUUAUCUAAAUUAUACAAGUCCAUUCUAUAUUUAUCUCGGUGUAUCCGAACGAUUUCGUCAUCAAUUAAUUUAUGUUCUUUUUGAAAUUCAUCUGAAACGAUGGCGACGACGACAAGUUAAUGUUGACAUAGGCGGCGGAGCCUGUAGGCCCAGUGAGGCUUAA